AACUCCACAUGUCAGCAAGAACAAAGCAAAAAGUGAGAAUGAGUGAAAGAGGAGGAGAGCUGGAGAAGGGGAGUGGAGACGCAGAGAGGAAGAGGGCGAGGGCGACAUGGUUCAGCCUGACGUUCCUGAGGAACAGCUGCGAUCGGCACGCUGCUGCCUGACUUUAUCAGGACCCAACAGACCACGGCCAAACCCACAAACACGCAUGCAGAGGGUACAGCUGCUCUUCAGACAUGAGGACAUGAGGACAACGUUUGGAGCCUCUUAAGGAUGUCCGUGAAGCUGCGGUUCAACUCUCCAUCACAUGGAGGUUUGCUACACAGAAGCCGCUCCUUCACAGGAGGGUUCAGCUCUUGGACAGGUCAACAGUGGUCGUCUCCUGUCCGUAACUCUCUUCGCUCCAGACCCACAUCCAGAGACAAAAGUCCCAGGAUGCACCUGUCCUCCCCCCGAGGAUCAGGAGCCAUCUGGUCCCUACAGCUUAAGCAGGUGGACGGGGUCUUUCAGGCACUCCGCAAAGGACUCAAGGAGUAUCUGGAAGUCCAUCAGGCGGAGAUGGAGCUGCUGUCUUCACAGCAGAGAGAGACCAAGAGGAAUUCCAGGCUGGCCUUUCUCUAUGAGUUGGAAAAGGAAAUCCGGGCAUUGGAGAGGUACAUACGGCGGUUAGAAUUUCACAUCAGCAAGGUGGAGGAGUUGUACGAAGCUUACUGCAUCCAGUGGAGGCUGUGUCAGGGAGCACUCAACAUGAAGAGAGCCUUCUCAAUGUUGCCAUCCACCAGAGCCUCCAGGGAGAGCCUGCUGGAGCUAGGCCGUAACCAUAGAAACAGUCUGCAGGACAUGUCAGCCAUAGAGGGGGAGUUGGAGAUCCUCCUUGGGGAGCUGCACAUUAAAAUGAAGGGUCUGAUCGGAUUCGCUCGCCUCUGCCCUGGAGACCAAUACGAGGUGGUGGUGCGUCUGGGCCGGCAGAGAUGGAGGAUUCGGGGGAAGAUCGUGUCAGACGACUCUCAGUGCUGGGACCAAGAGGAAACCGUCUUCCUCCCACACAUACACCACAAUUUUGAGAUCAAGGUGACUGAAGCAAAGGGUUUAGGUUGGCUGCUGGUUGGGACGGUGACAUGUGCAAGUGCAGACUUCUUCAUGGCAAAACCACAACUGAUGUUGGUGGACAUCACAGAACUGGGAACCAUCAAGCUGCAGCUGGAGGUUGUGUGGAGUCCGUUUGAUAGUGCAGAGCGGUUCAGGCCUCUGUCCAUCAGUAAAGCAUCAGUUUCCAGCAGAAAGAGCUCGAUCUACAGCUGGACGCCCCCGAGCACUCCUUCCUUCACAGAGAAAUAUUUCAUG